GUUCGCAGUCGCACGUGUGUCGCGUCCGUUCAACAAGUAGACGCCGCCGGAAUAGUGCCAUUUGGCCGCGAUGACUUUUCAACCGCCGGCAGAGUUUUCAUGAAAAGCGUUUUCGGGAAAUUCGCCGUUUUCGCGUAGUUAUAUUACCCGGACAGUGUCGCGAGUCUACCGGCGUACGAGUCUCCGUCCGAGUGUAUUUUGUGUGUAUGUGAUUUAAAAAAAAAAAAAUCGUUUUGCAAAAAAAAAUCAAAACCGCCGUAAGGAUAACAUGGCAGCCACCGAGUGGAUUACCGCGAUCGACAAAAGACCAUCCGACCGAAGCGCAAAAGACGUUGAGGCCAUAGCGUCCCGUCUACGCCGGGUUGACACACUGAACCGUCUGCCUAACACUGUGUUGCAGCAAUUGGCAUUUGUCGGUUACUACGAAGACCUGGAACGUGGCGUAAUGCUGUUCAGGCAAGGCGAAAUCGGUUCCAGUUGGUACGCAGUAUUGGGUGGCAGUUUGGAAGCCAAGCUAGCUCAUACAGCUCAAACUACAUCGUCCGGAACUGAUAAGGCCGUUGUCACUUUGGACGUCGGUGCGACUUUCGGCGAAUCAAUAGUGCACGACAUGCCAAGGGAUAUGACGGUAUGCACGAAAACUACUUGCGAACUACUGAGAAUACACCAAAAUGAUUUCAAAAAAAUUUGGGACAAACAUUCGAGUUUGAUGAAAGAUCUGGUGGUCACCAACAAACUAAAAAACGGCUUAGCUAGUGGAAAUUUAACCAAGUGUCAAUCUCCUCCACCGGUAAUGAACCCAAUUCGAAGAACGGUUACCCCAGAUAAUCCUGAUCCGGCAGAAAUAAUUACAGAGAAUCCCAGCAUGCCGAUGGCCAGGGCGGGUUGGGUGUUGCGCACGCUGUUGCUGAGCGACCAGAACACCGUGCUCAGGGACAGAAAGACCGGCGGCGGGAGAUCCGUGGUCCGGAGAUGCGCUUCCGGUAGCGAGCUCAUCGACUGGCUGAUGAACCUUGUGUCCACCGACCACGAUUCCUUCAGUAGGCACGACGUCGUGGGUAUGUGGCAGGCGCUGCUCGAGGAAGGAGUCAUCUUCCACGCCACGGGGGAACAUCCGUUCAAGGAUAAAUGUCUAUUCUACAAUUUCUGGCAGGACAGGGAGGGCGCGUUGAACACGCCCAACAUACAGGACGUGGCCGAAGCCGAAGAGCAUCUCGACGACGCUCUGCAAGAUUUAGUGUCGCGAGGUCCGGACGCGCACCUUCGGAUGAUUUUGCGGUCGCCAAGCUCGGAACGAACUCCCGAAGACUUGGAACUGAUCUACGAAGAACUGUGCGUGCAACGGGCUCUCGCUCACCUACCCAACACGGUGAAACGCGAACUGGCGUCCGUGGUGGUAUUCGAGGCUCAUCCGAGAGCCGGUCAUGUGUUGUUUCGUCAAGGGGACGAAGGCAAAGCGUGGUACAUAAUCAUGCAGGGUGCCGUAACCGUAGAAACGUACUCCAAGGGUGCGGUGGAAACGCUGUACGACGGUGAAGACUUUGGCGGUUUGGCGAUCAUACACAAUGUCCCCAGAUCGGCCACGAUAACCGUCAAAGAGGACAGCACCCAUUUGUUACGAGUCGACAAAGAUAACUACAAUAAAAUUCUUAGAGACGUCGAGGCCAACACGAUCAGACUGAAAGAAAUCGGUAACGACGUUUUGAUAUUGGAAAAGUCACCUAGAUUACACAAGUACAUGAUAAUCGCUGGAACGCCUCAAAAGAUAAUGGAACAUCUUUUAGAACACCGAUUAAGCGCCACCAACGUUGCAGGGUCCAGAAACGAUCCUUGCUUAGAUGAUUUUCUAUUGACGCACAUAGUGUUUAUGCCCACUCGGACGUUAGUAUCGGAACUGAACAAAUAUUAUCAUAUGGAGAAUCCCGCACAAGACAAAGAGUACACAAUCAGCUGUAAGAGAAAAGUCGUACAGUUUGUAUAUCGCUGGGUGGUGACCAUUAGACAUCCGGUGUUUGACGACGUCGUCUCAAUGUCGUUUCUCGAAGAAUUGGCCAGCGACGUAGAAGCUGACUGUCAACUGUUGGGCGGCAACAGCCAAGCUCUGCAAGAAGAAGCCAGCCUUAUGCACCAUAUCAUGUCUCGGCUGAGAAGAUACCAGGACGAGAGGCUAGAGUUUUCGGGCUUGAAAUGGAAGUUACCACCCGGAGGACAGCCCAUCUGUCUGUUCUCGGCACUUAGCAACCCGUCGAAAAACUCCAGACCGAUCAUUCGACCGAACGACGACAUUAUAUUCCGGGUCUACUGUGCAGACCAUACGUUUUGCACGUUGCGAUUACCCAUCAACGCCAGUGCUGAAACUAUUAAAGUAGGGGCUUACGAAAAGUGUAGUCUUCGGCAUCCCGUGCAGGAUCUGAGAAUUGUCGAGGUCAAGUCCACGGGCGAGAGAGUGCCUUUCAGAGAUAGCGAACACUCGAUACCCACGACCGUUGGGCUUAACAGCUGUAUAUUUUUAACGCCCAAAGAUCACAUGGACGCUUUGACUUGUGUACCGGAACAAGAGAAAUCUGAAGGGGCCGAGAUAUCAGCAGAUUUCGAUUCGCUAAGCACCAAAGAACUUGCGUAUCAUAUGACACUUUUCGAUUGGGAUCUGUUUUGGAACGUUCACGAAUACGAACUAAUUUAUUUAACUUUCGGACGACAUCGUUUCCAACAAAUCACAGCCAACUUGGACGUGUUCCUAAGACGGUUCAACGAAAUUCAGUAUUGGGUCAUCACUGAAAUAUGUAUGUCUCAAAAUAUUUCAAAAAGAACAAACAUACUAAAGAAAAUGAUCAAACUAGCUACUUAUUGCAAAGAAUAUUACAAUUUCAACGCUUUCUUCGCUAUUUUGAUGGGACUCAGUGACGUGGCUGUCAGCCGGUUGUCAACCACGUGGGAUAAGUUGCCGUCUAAGUCGCGGAAACAGUUCACCGAAUACGAGGCGCUAAUCGAUCCGAGCAGAAAUCACCGAGCUUACAGGAUUACCGUGGGCAAACUGCCAUCGCCCAUGAUACCGUUUAUGCCUUUACUUAUCAAAGAUAUGAAAUUCACUCACGACGGUAACAAGACCCAUGUGGACGGAUUGGUAAAUUUUGAAAAAAUGCACAUGUUGGCGCAGACUAUGCGGACUUUGCGAUAUUGCCGUGCGAGACAUUUGGUGCUCGAACCUCCAAUUUCCAAAAACGAAGCCGACGUCAAAGCGUACGUGAGUUGUCUGCGAUGCAUAAACAACGAAAGGACGCUGAUGAGCAUGUCGCAAAAACUGGAGCCCAGGAGAACCUAAGAAAAAUGUCUUCACUGACCCUCGUUCACUGCCGGGUCGUUAUAAAUGUGUUUGGAAAAAUCCCUUUGUUUUUGCCAAAUUUGUGUUACAAAGUGUACAAAAAACAAAAAACAAACGAGCCACAGAAAACCUUACCUUUGUAUAUUUUCCCGCGAACGAUUAGCCGUGCUUAUAUAUACAUACAGGGUUGAAGGAUACGUCGGAGUAGUUAAGUUUUAUGUUAUUCUCUAUAAAUAUUGUAAACGCGUGCACAAAAAUGUCAGGACAAUCAGAGACUGUACAUAGUGAUAAAUGAUAAUCAUGGGCGGGCGGCUGAACAAAAUAAAAUAUAAAAAUAAUAUUAUUGCAAUAAAACAUUUGAAUCGUUCAAUGUAAAUAUCGUAGAUUCGAUAAACACGACGAUUAACAUAAUAUAUUAUAAAUGUACUUAUCAAAGUACAGUGAAUAUCAUUUUAUUAAUCCUUGUCCACAUUAUAUUAUUAUUUUGAUGGUAACUAUAUCAUUGCGGAUAUAAUAACGUUGUAUUUAAUUUUACUCAUAGGCGGCUGUAAACCAAAGAGAUGUCGUCAUAACACCAUUAUAAGUACUUAAAAUUUCUGAAAAAAGUCAUUUAACUAUAAAAAGUUUAAAUUGUGUUUUAUUGUAUUAGAUGUAUAAUAUUAUUACGUAGAAGAAAGUAUCGUCGGUAGGAAUUUUAUUAAAAAACAUAUUUCUUUUGAAAGUAACAGAAACAAAAAUAGUAGGUAUAAGUUACAACUUUUUCAAAAACACAUUAUGGAUCAUACAGCGUUUACCAAUGCAACAUUUUUCUAUAUGUGUAUGUGUCAUAAUUUUUCAUACAUUUUUGAAAACGAUAUUGAACAAACCAACUAUUGAACGUAACCUAUAAAAACUUUUAUUGCUUUAAUUUCGCUCAUUUGUAAUAUUUUAUAAACAUCAAUUAUACCCUAUUGAUCCUUACCGCUUAAUUUUUUUAACAAAACAGUGCCUGUCUAUACUUUUGGCGUUCUCAAAAUAUAUUUGAUAUAUUUGAACAGUUCAGACAGCGCCGAGUUGUAUUUUUUUACUCAUUCAAACCAUCAUUUAAAAUUGUAUUUAUACAUAGAGUUAUUGCUGUUCAGAAUACCUACUUUUUUAUAUUUAAUUUAUUUAGUGAGAGGUUUUGAUUAAAACCGAUUCAACAAUUCUAAUUUAAACUUACAAGGUUUUUAGUCACUCCUUUCUCCCAAACUACUGUCAAUGUUUUGUUCAAAUUAUAAGUAAGUUAAAAAUAAGUAAGUGGAAGUUUUAAAAGAAUGUUUAAUUCAUAAUUUCAUUUCGAAAACCUUUGAAACUGCGGACUUUGCGUUUUAAGUAUGUUAAUGUAAAUAACUUCAAAAUAUAUAUGCUAUUAAAAAACACAUAAUCGACGUCGUACGUUCACGUUGAUAUUUCGUAAUCGUCUUGAUAGGCACUAGCAUAAUAUUAUCUAGUCUAUUUUAAAAUAUUAUAAUAACGAUUGUUAGUGUGCUGAUGCAGUGCAGUGUUGGGUAAGUAGUCACUUUUUAUUAGCAUAUUACUCUUUAAUUAGGAAAUGAGCAAACUAACAAGUUAUUCUGGAUUUAUGAAAUUAAAAACCGUACAAAAUAAUAUUAUUUUUUUUAUACAACGAUAUGUUAACGUUGUCGUUAUGUAAACCGCAUUAUAUACGUUUUUAAUAUAAAAUAUUUUUAAUCUUAAAACUGUAAUUACUAUGAUCCAAACUUAUUUUUUUUUUUUGCAAAUAUGUAUGAUAAGCCUAAGAUCUUUCCAAAAUUCUUUUGGCAGGUUUAAUAUUAUUUUAAUGCAGAAUACUAAAUUUGUAUGCAGGAUUGGGAAGAUCGUAUAGUGUCUCGUAGGUGUUAUAUUAAUGUAUGUACAACGAACAAUUAUGAAGAUGUUAUUUCGCAAAUAUUAAGCCUGUCCUAAAGUCACUUAGUUAAUAUUUAAUAAUACUUCAUACUUUAAUACAACCAAGUUACCAUAUAAUUACGUUACUGAAAAAGCCUAGCCUGCAUUGCAUUACUGUAUAUUAAACACAACACUGGCACUAACAGCUGUAUAAAACGAUCUUACUAUUUUAUGAACAAGUCGGUAGUAUAAUUUGUUCUUAAAACUUAAACCAUUUGUCGUGAUAACUAUGGGUCCACUUUCCUAUUUAUUAUUAUUAUUAUUAUUAAAUACAUUUCUUCUAGUUUUCGUUUCUACAUUCUUCCAUUUAAACCAUCGGAUGGCAAAUAAAUAAUUUAACACCACAAACAUUUUUUGACAAAGAAUUUUUUAUUACAUUAGAUCUUUGUUGUUAUAUGUGUAAAGACGCCCUUUUGUCCGGCAUCGUGCUACAGUAAAUACAGCAAUAAAUGUUUUAUUACUUCAAUAAUAAUUAUAUAAUUAUAUUAAUUACAAUAAUAAAAAUCUUGUUGUUUCUUCUAGAUUAUAAAACAUUUUUCUAUACCUUUUUAUAUGCGAGUAUAUAAUACUUAUUAUUAUAAUUAUUAUUA